AUGGUAGGAGGAGAACCAGACAUAACAGGAGAUACAACAGUACCAGUGCCGGGGUUGAGCCACACAGUUAUUGGUGAAGCUGUUGAAAUUCCAGGGAUUUACUCUUGCACAGACAAUGACUGUCUCAACGGUGGAACUUGCUACAAAACCAGCAGCGUCCACACAUGUAGUUGUGUGUCUGGUUACAAUGGUGCUUUCUGUGAAGUUGAAAUUGAUGAGUGUCAUUCCAAUCCUUGUCGCAACGGAGGUACAUGUAUUGAUGGUGUAGCUAGCUUCACAUGUGUGUGUCUCCCAAGCUACUCUGGACUAUAUUGUGAGGAAGAUACAGAAACCUGUGACUACGGCUGGCACAAGUUCCAGGGACACUGUUAUAAGUACUUUCCUCAGAGAAGAAGCUGGGACACAGCAGAGAGAGAGUGUCGAAUGCACGGCGCUCACCUCACCAGCAUCCUGUCCCAUGAGGAACAGCACUUUGUGAAUCGUCUUGGACAGGACUACCAGUGGAUUGGCCUAAAUGACAAGAUGUUUGACAAUGACUUCCGAUGGACAGAUGGCAGACAUGUGCAAUAUGAAAACUGGAGGCCCAACCAGCCGGACAGUUUUUUCUCCUCGGGCGAAGACUGUGUAGUGAUGAUUUGGCAUGAAGAUGGCCAGUGGAAUGAUGUUCCUUGCAACUACCAUCUUACGUACACAUGCAAGAAAGGCACAGUUGCAUGCAGCCAACCUCCUCUUGUGGAAAAUGCAAGAACCUUUGGCAAGAAGCGGGAGAGAUAUGAGAUAAACUCUUUGGUGAGAUACCAGUGCAGAAACGGUUUCAUACAGCGACAUGUGCCGACUAUUCGCUGCCGCGGAGACGGCCGGUGGGAUAUUCCUAAAAUAUCCUGUAUAAACCCUUCAGUAUAUCAGAAGAGUUAUUACCGAAAGCAUCAACACAAAAGUCUUUACAGUAUCAACAACUUCCAUCGUCGCCCGGACGAGCUAGCGCGCUUCCAGUAUCCACUCUAUCGCACACGGAGAGAUCGGCAUGAGCAGCGAAGGAAAAAAGUCGACCAAUCCAACCAACUAACCCUAAGGCACAAAGUGAGAAAAUGA